AUGUUGAGACAAACCUUGACACGACGCGUCGCUUCGGCGUUGCCCUCGUCGACUAGUGCUGCGUCGACGUCCAUGUCGGUGCGAGCUACGGUAGCGCGGAGGAGCCAGACCGUUCGCGCGUUGGCCACUGCAUCCGCCAAAACCGAAGCUCAGGUCGAGACGUGAGUAAACUGCUCGACUCUACAAUUCUACGAUUCACUCAGUCCAGGUUGCCUAUACGGACGGGACGUCGCGAGGGAAGGAGGGAGGGUCACAUCUUGUGCCAGUGGCGUAGCGCGUUCGGCGGUCGGGGCUUUUCCUGGCCCACUCCCCAGAACAUCAUUCGCACAUUGGCGUACGGAUGCCAACCUGUUGCAUCCGCCAAACCAAAGCGAACUGGAAAUUCUGGAAAGGGAAGAUGUACGAUGACUUUGGCGGGAACUCACACACCAAACCGACUCCGAGCGUUCUGCCAGCCUAGCCCAUUCGCACGCCGAGAACGUGCUUCGAUAGCAGGCUGCUUGCUGAUCACCUCCGCUUUCCCUGAUCCACAGACGAGCGCAACCGGCACCGACAUUCCAACAACCGCCACCCCCCGGUGUAUCGACACCUGGACCCCAAUCACCCCUCGACCGACCUUCCUCCCCCAAUGACCUCGAUCGAUCCUUCAUCGGACUCUCCGGCGGUCAGAUCUUCCACGAGAUGAUGCUCCGGCACGGCGUCGAGAAGGUGUUUGGCUACCCCGGUGGUGCCAUCCUGCCCGUAUUCGAUGCCAUCUACGACUCUCCUCACUUUGAUUUCAUUCUCCCUCGACACGAGCAAGGCGCCGGUCACAUGGCCGAAGGUUACGCCCGUGUCAGUGGCAAGCCCGGUGUCGUGCUCGUCACAUCCGGCCCCGGAGCGACGAACGUCAUCACACCGAUGCAGGACGCACUCUCCGACGGUACCCCCCUUGUUGUCUUUUGCGGCCAAGUUGCCACUUCGGCGAUCGGCUCGGAUGCUUUUCAAGAAGCCGAUGUGGUCGGUAUCUCGCGAUCGUGCACAAAAUGGAACGUCAUGGUCAAGGAUAUUGCCGAACUACCCCGAAGGAUCAACGAGGCCUUCAAGAUUGCUACUUCGGGUCGACCGGGCCCUGUACUCGUCGAUUUGCCCAAGGACGUGACCGCGAGCAUCCUCCGCAAGGCGAUUCCGCAUAAGUUCACUCACCCCGAGUUGGUUGAGUCCGGUUUGCCCUCGCGCCAGCGCGCGCACUCAGCGACGUCCCAAGUCGGUGGCGAGUCGACCCCCAUCUCGGAUGCACUCAUCCAACAGGCCGCUACGCUCAUCUCCAAUGCCAAGAGACCCCUCAUCUACGCCGGUCAGGGCAUGCUCUCGACACCUGAGGGUCCCGAGUUGCUGCGCCGUCUGUCGGCCGAGGGCAACAUCCCCGUCACGACGACCUUGAUGGGUCUCGGUGCGUUCGAUGAGAACAACGAGACGCACAGUCUGCACAUGCUCGGUAUGCACGGUUCGGCCUACGCCAACUUGGCGAUGCAAAGCGCCGACGUCGUCAUUGCCCUCGGAGCUCGAUUCGAUGAUCGUGUCACGGGCAAGAUUGACACAUUCGCCCCGACCGCCAAGGCAGCCGCUGCGCAGGGUCGAGGUGGUAUCAUCCACUUUGAGAUCCAGCCCAAGAACGUCAACAAGGUCAUCAACGCCAACGUCGCCAUUACCGGUGAUGUGCUCGACUCGCUGAACGCCCUGUUGCCCCUCCUCCCCGAGAAGCCGCUCGAGCGCAAGGAGUGGUUCGACCAAAUCGCCGAGUGGAAGCGGGAUUAUCCCUUCACGUACAUGCCGUCCAAGAAGGGCGAGUUGAUGAAGCCGCAAGAGGUCGUCGAGGCGUUGAAUGACUGGUGCGAGGCCCAUGGCAAGGAGGACGUCAUCGUCGCAACCGGUGUUGGACAACAUCAGAUGUGGGCCUGCCAGCACUACCGAUGGACUCAGCCGCGCAGCUGGGUCUCGUCCGGUGGUUUGGGAACGAUGGGUUACGGCUUGCCCUCGGCGAUCGGUGCCAAGGUCGCCGCACCGAAGAAGAAGGUCGUUGACAUCGAUGGUGAUGCUUCGUUCUCAAUGACGGCGAUGGAGUUGGCCACGGCCUCUGCGUACAACAUUGGUGUUAAGGUGUUGGUCCUCAACAACGAGUUCCAAGGAAUGGUCUUGCAAUGGCAGGGUGAGUUGUCGCGAGCCCUGGAGACGUCGGAGAUGUCGUCCUCCGCAUUACUGAUCGUUGGAGUUCGGUGCCCACAGAUCUGUUCUACGAAAAGCGAUAUGCGCACACGCAGAUGAUCAACCCGGACUUCUGCAAGCUCGCCGAGUCGAUGCGCGUCAAGUCCAUCUUCUGCGACAACAUUGAGGACCUUCCGGCCAAGAUGGAGGAGUUUAUGGAGUACGACAACGACAAGCCCGUCCUCUUUGAGGCGCGCGUCGUCAAGAACGAGCAUGUGUACCCGAUGGUCGUUGCUGGGCGGGCUUUGCACGAGAUGGUCACUCACCCUAGCUUGGUCAGUACUUGUUUGACCCAGGGUGUACACUGUUUUAUUGUGAUACUCACCUUCGAGUCAAUGCUCCAUCGGCAGAAACCCCUCCCCAAGCUUCAAUAA